GAUGCCCGAGUCGGGGGGAUUGGGUGCGCCUGGCCCUGUCCGAGCCCGGUAGAGACCGGCCCCUCCUGCGCCAACCCCACCCUCCGGCCUCUCCUCGCCACGGUGCUCCAUCACUGAGCGCUCUCCACCUGGCCCGCGGUUCUUCCGCUCCUCGCUCCAGCCCCCUCUCACGCGGCCUGGGCGCUCUGGCCGAGCGGGCGGCAGGCUGCGGGGAUGCGCUCCGUCAGGGCUCUACAGAAUUCGCUGAGCAGGGCCGGCAGUCACUGCCGGCGGGGAGGCUGGGGUCACCUGAGCCAGAACCCUCUCCUUGGCUGGGGCGCCCGGCACCACUUCAGCGAGGCCGCGGCGCAGGGCAGGGAGACGCCGCACAGCCUCCAGACGCAGCACCAGGACCAUGACUCUUCAGAGAGUGGCAUGCUGUCCCGUCUGGGUGACCUGCUCUUCUACACGGUUGCUGAGGGACAGGAACGAAUCCCUAUCCACAAGUUCACCACUGCGCUGAAGGCCACCGGACUGCAGACGUCAGAUCCCCGGCUCCGGGACUGCAUGAGCCUCAUGCGCCGCAUGGUUCGAGAGUCCAACAGUGGUGGCCUCUUGGACCGAGAUCUUUUCCGAAAGUGUGUGAGCAGCAACAUUGUGUUACUGACUCAGGCCUUCCGGAAGAAGUUUGUCAUUCCUGAUUUUGAGGAGUUCACGAGCCACGUGGACCGCAUCUUUGAGGAUGCCAAAGAGCUCACUGGAGGCGAGGUGGCAGCCUACAUCCCUCAGCUGGCCAAGUCAAACCCGGGCCUGUGGGGCGUCUCGCUGUGCACCGUGGAUGGCCAGCGGCACUCCGUGGGCCACACGAAGGUCCCCUUCUGCCUGCAGUCCUGCGUGAAGCCCCUCACCUACGCCAUCUCCAUAAGCACCCUGGGCACGGACUACGUGCACAGGUUCGUGGGCAAGGAGCCCAGCGGCCUGCGCUACAACACGCUCUCCCUCAAUGAGGAAGGAAUCCCCCAUAACCCCAUGGUCAAUGCUGGCGCCAUUGUCGUGAGCUCCCUGAUCAAGAUGGACUGUAACAUAGCAGAAAAGUUUGACUUUGUCUUGCAAUAUCUGAACAAAAUGGCUGGGAAUGAAUACAUGGGUUUCAGCAAUGCCACAUUCCAGUCAGAGAAGGAAACGGGGGAUCGGAAUUAUGCCAUCGGGUAUUAUCUGAAGGAAAAGAAGUGCUUUCCUAAAGGGGUGGACAUGAUGGCUGCCCUUGACCUCUACUUCCAGCUGUGCUCCGUGGAGGUGACCUGCGAAUCGGGCAGCGUCAUGGCGGCCACCCUGGCCAAUGGCGGCAUCUGCCCCAUCACCGGGGAGAGCGUGCUGAGCGCCGAAGCCGUGCGCAACACCCUCAGCCUCAUGCACUCCUGCGGCAUGUACGACUUCUCGGGCCAGUUUGCCUUCCACGUGGGCCUGCCGGCCAAAUCAGCUGUGUCAGGAGCCGUCCUCCUGGUGGUGCCCAACGUCAUGGGCAUGAUGUGUCUGUCACCUCCACUGGACAAGCUGGGGAACAGCUACAGGGGGGUCAACUUCUGCCAAAGGUUGGUGUCUCUCUUCAAUUUCCACAACUACGAUAACCUGAGGCACUGCGCUCGGAAAUUAGACCCACGGCGCGAAGGGGGAGAAGUCCGGAACAAGACUGUGGUCAACCUGUUAUUUGCUGCCUCUAGUGGAGAUGUCUCAGCUCUUCGAAGGUUUGCCUUGUCGGCCAUGGAUAUGGAGCAGAAAGACUAUGACUCCCGCACCGCCUUGCACGUUGCUGCUGCUGAAGGACACAUUGAAGUUGUUAAAUUCCUGAUUGAGGCCUGCAAAGUGAAUCCUCUUGUCAAGGACAGGUGGGGCAACACCCCCCUGGAUGAUGCGGUACAGUUCAACCACCUGGAGGUGGCCAGACUGCUGCAAGACUACCAGGAGUCUUACACACCGUCUGAGACCUGGGCCGAGGCUGCAGCGGAGGCCCUGUCCAAAGAGAACUUAGAGAGCAUGGUGUGAGCAUGGGGCAUGCAUGGUCCCUGCCCAAGAAAAAGCACGAGCUGGCCACACACUUAACAUAUAAUCACCAAACAUGCUACGGAGGGCCGCACGGCUUCAGUGGAGACCAGGACUAAGGCCAGUGCUUUUUGUGAAAGAGCUGAAAUACCCUGUUCCCUUGGCAGAAAGAGUAUAGAGAAGUGCCUUUGUGGACCCCUGCAGUAGAGCUACCUGCAAAGACUGUGGGCUUCCUCUAAGUACAGACUAAUGGCUUCGCCCACUGCAGAUCAUCCCAGGUCUUCACGCAGGUCCCCUCUUCUCUCCGAAAAAGCCAUUCUGAGAGAGUGUCCAGCGGGGGGCUCUAGCCACCCUACACGUGUGUAUAUACACAGAGGAAGAGGGGGCUAUGUACCGGGCUUUGGUAGUCUGCAGACUUCCCCCUUGGCCAGAAGUGCUGCUGCUGCUAAUAGCAAUUUUAUAGACAGAGGAAGUAUUUUGUGCUCAAAUAAACUUUAAUCACACAAAUUAUUUUUGCCAGACCCAGUCCUUCUCUUUCUCUCCUAGGGCCACCCAGCUGCAUCACCAUCAUAAAGAUAUUGUAGAGUAAGAUGGAACCACAGGGUCAGACAGAGCCCAAAGAAUACAUAUUUCACAUACAUAC